AUGCAGUUCAAAUCCUUCACAUUCGUGGUCUUGCCACUGCUUGCACAACUUGGAUCUGCUAGCGCUCCUAAUAAUCGUAUCAUAAAAAACAUCAAGAAGUACACUGGCCCCAGCUCUCCAGCCAACUUCAGCAAGAAUGUUUACAAGACCGGGUUCGACGAUGUAACUUGGGACGAAGACAACUGGCUUCUGAGCACGACAAACCUGGAACAGGGUCGCUAUGAAUCGCGUGGAUCAGUCGCCAACGGAUAUCUGGGAAUCAACGUUGCCAGCGCCGGUCCUUUCUUCGAGAUUGACAGUCCCGCCGACACUAGUGGCUGGCCAUUGUUCUCUACUCGCCAGUCAUUUGCAACCAUCAGUGGAUUCUUUGACUCACAGCCGACCACCAACGGUAGCAACUUCCCUUGGCUAUCCCAGUACGGUGGUGACAGCGUUAUCAGUGGUGUUCCCCACUGGGCUGGAAUUAUCUUGGACCUGGGAAAUGGUACUUAUUUGGACGCGAAGGUGGACAACAAUACCAUCUCUGAUUACCGAACCACAUAUGACUUCCAGGCAGGUGUCUUGGUCUGGUCCUAUAAAUGGACCCCCGAGGGUGACAAGGGAUCAUACCAGAUUACCUACCGCCUCUUUGCCCACAAGUUGUUUGUCAAUCAGGCAGUCGUGGACUUGGAAAUUAUUCCAUCCAAGGAAUCAAAGGCGACAAUUGUGAACGUCCUCGAUGGUGCCUCUGCGGUGCGCACCGAUUUCGUUGAGACAGGACAGGACGACGGUGCCAUUUUCUCGGCAGUCCGACCGAAUGGAAUCGCUAAUGUUACGGCUUAUAUUUAUGCAAACAUCACUGCCUCGUCAAAUGUGGACCUGUCUUCUCGCAAGAUCGUCCACAACAAGCCAUACGUCCAUGCCAAUGAGUCUUCCAUUGCCCAGGCUGUGGAUGUGAAGUUCAAGGCUGAUCAAGUGGUUCGCGUCACUAAAUUUGUUGGAGGAGCUUCCACAGAUGCUUUCAAAGAUCCCAAAGAAACGGCCAAGAAUGCAUCGUCCACCGCAAUGAAGAAUGGCUAUGCCAAGUCUCUUCGAUCCCACAUCGUGGAAUGGGCAAGCGUUAUGCCUGAAAGCUCCGUUGACCACUUCUCGUUCCCCAAUGGAACUCUGCCUGCUGAUAGCAACAUUAUUGAUUACGCUGUUAUCUCUGUGGCCAAUACCUACUAUUUGUUGCAAAAUACUGUUGGCCAGAACGCCAUUAAAGCAGUCGACGGAGCUCCAGUUAAUGUGGACAGCAUUUCGGUCGGUGGCUUAACAUCCGACUCAUACGGUGGUCAAGUCUUCUGGGAUGCGGAUGUCUGGAUGCAGCCCGGUCUUGUGGCCUCUCACCCAGAGGCUUCCCAGCGAUUCACUAAUUUCCGUGUGGCCAAGUACGCGCAAGCUCAGGAAAACAUCAAAACCUCUUUCUCAGGAUCCCAGAACCAGACCAACUUCAGCCCAUCGGCUGCGAUCUUCCCCUGGACGAGCGGUCGAUUUGGUAACUGCACAGCUACUGGUGCUUGCUGGGACUACCAGUAUCACCUGAAUGGUGACAUUGGAAUUUCCCUGGUCAACCAAUGGGUGACCAGUGGUAAUACCCAAAUCUUCAAAGAGGAACACUUCCCGAUCUACGACUCGGCGGCCACCCUCUAUGCCGACCUGCUGGUUCGGAAUGGGUCUUCUUGGACAAUGAAAAACAUGACCGACCCUGAUGAAUAUGCCAACCACGUCGAUGCCGGUGGCUUCACGAUGCCCAUGGUUGCCGAAACUCUGCGACAUGCCAACUCCUUCCGUCAGCAGUUUGGACUGGAGGAGAAUUCGACGUGGGAUGAUAUGGCUGAUAAUGUCUUGAUUCUUCGUGAAAACGACGUGACCCUUGAGUACACCACCAUGAAUGGAAGUGCUGUUGUCAAGCAAGCCGAUGUUGUCAUGGUCACUUAUCCCCUUGGCUAUACCUCAAACUACACCAGCCAGAACUCGUUGGAUGAUUUGGAUUACUAUGCCGCCAAACAGUCUGCUGAUGGCCCAGCCAUGACCUGGGCUAUUUUCUCCGCUGUUGCAGCCGAGAUGUCCCCUUCUGGCUGCUCGGCCUAUACAUACGGCCAAUACUCCUUCGCGCCGUACACGCGUGCACCCUUCUUCCAAAUGUCCGAACAGCUGAUAGACAAUUCAACCAUCAAUGGAGGUACACAUCCUGCAUACCCCUUCCUGACUGGUCACGGUGGUGCCAACCAAGUCGCUAUCUAUGGUUAUCUUGGUCUGCGAUUGAGGCCAGAUGACAUUCUCCACGUUGAUCCCAACCUUCCCCCGCAAAUCCCAUACUUGAAGUAUCGCACCUUCUACUGGCGUGGAUGGCCCAUCUCGGCGUGGUCAAACUACACCCACACCACCAUCAGUCAUGCCGCAGGAACUGCACCCCUAGAUACCGCCGACCAACGGUUUGCCAACAAGACCAUCACAGUCCACUCAGGCCCUGAGACCGACGCGGUGACUUAUCACCUCCCACUGAAGGGGUCACUUGUCAUCCCCAACCGCCAAAUUGGAACCGAGAACACGGUCGCGGGUAAUCUCGUGCAAUGCCAGCCGGUCAUCUCCUCUGAUGCCUUCCAGCCAGGUCAAUUCCCCAUCUCUGCGGUAGACGGCGCUGCCUCAACAAAAUGGCAGCCAUCACUAGCAUCGGAUAUGAGUGCUGUGACAGUCUCUCUCGAAGACGAAGCCGGUGCCUUAGUCUCCGGCUUUUACUUCGACUGGGCCCAGGCACCACCAGUCAACGCCACCAUCAUCUUCCACAACAAGACCCUCCAAGAUCCCGUCAAGGCUCUUUCUUCCCAGGGCUCGGACUACACAAUCGUCCAUUCUCUGACCAACAUUACCCUGUCAGACCCAUACGAUUCUGAGACCACAAACCUGGAUACCAUUGCCAUUCCCACUGGCAAUACAACUAACGUCACUUUGUCAUCUCCCGUGCCUGCAGCCCGAUACGCAUCUCUGCUUAUCGUCGGCAAUCAGGCCCUUGACUCUGUUGAUGUGGAGGCCAAGAAUGGAACUGGUGCAACCGUUGCUGAAUGGGCCAUUCUUGGAAAUGAGAAGAGCAACUCCACUUCCGCUAAGAACAAGAGGAAGAUGGAUGUUCGUGCCGCGGCAGCUCUCUCUGGCGCGGAUUCUUUCAUGCGUCGUCGGAAGCAGUUCGAUGGUCAGCUCUAG